AUGAACCGCUUUAGAAGCCGAAGUCCUCAUGACUUCGACUCUGCCAUACCCGCGCCUUUGCGCCCAACUCCUUCGCCGACACCUUCGUCACUAAGUGAUUCGUUCGGUGCGGAAGGUAUAAAUCGAUUUGGUAGUGUCAAAAUGCGAUCCAACCAAAGGAAACUCGGCCGAGUCCACAGCUCGGCGCUGGUUGAUUUGAAAGAUCCCGUCCAAAUGCACUUACUUACCGAAACUGCUUUACUCGACAGCAAGGGAUAUGAAAUUCUCUCUCAAGAGGAAGUGGACGAUCUCAAGAAACAACGCCAUAUAUUAAAUCAGCGCAUCGAGCAAGUUCGGUCAAGUCUGGCCAUCCAGUCCAAAUAUCGUGAUGCCGCGAUGUCCAUGUCCAAACUAUAUUCUCCACCCUCGUCAGCUUCCGGCAGAAAGAGCUUCCGGGGCCAUCGACAUACUGAAUCAAGCGAGGCGGCGCGAGAAGCUGAGCAGGAGUUGAGCGCUAUUCAGAAGAAGUGCGAUGACUUAGCCUGGGAGCUGUGGGCAUUAGAGAAGCGCGCAAUAGAGCCCCAAAGGAAGUUGCUGGAACAUACUGCUGCUAUCCUACAGUUCACACACAAGGCUGCCAACAAACCAGCUGCGCCGACCCCAAGGGUUCCUCUCCUGAACGGCGUACCCGCUAGUCCCGAGAGUAUGUAUACCACAUCAAAUAGUCGUGAUAGUCUCAACAUGGACUUUUUAGAAGAUGGUCAUAGCUUCGACGAAGCCAGCUUCUACUUGUCUUUUAACCCGUCCGAUAAAUUCGAAGAUCGAACUCGCCCAAGUCCAAGCCCAAGCCCAAUGCCGAGCCCGAACCCGAAUCCCAUCGAGAUACCUAUGAAGUCACCCAUUCGAGGACAGAACAAGCAACUUACCCAAGAAACCGAGAAGCUGCGUGAAGAGAACCGCGAUCUACGAACCCAAAAUAACUCGCUUAUGUCGGAGAUGGAUCAAAUGAAAGCCCAAUCGGGGUGGAAUCUGAUUACGGAAACAGAAACCAAACUGGAGAGCUUAAAUUACCGACUCCGCGAUGUAAUUGUGGGCGCAGAUCCUGCCAAGAAUGCUGAUUACAGAGAUGUACCAUCAGGUCGGAUUGAGCCCGGCGACAUGAUCGGCAGUCAUUUGGAUUAUCUUGAGAACGGACUGAUAACACUCGCUCAGACUGGAGUUCAAGGCAACAACACGGUUGAAGUAGCAAGCCAGAUAGAGGCUCAGAACGUCCAUAUCCAGAAUGUACUCCGAAGUGCCAAUAUAGAUCGUCCAGCACCUCCCGAUGUGAAUCUGGGCGUAGAUGAACAGCUUGACUACCUACAGGACUCGCUGCGUAUAGUAGAAGAAGAGCUCCGACGGGGACCCAGUGCAGAUCUCGCCCUCGACAACAGGAGUGACCCCGAUACAAUACUCAAGGGACUUUGGGAUACUAUUCAAACAGGCUAUGCCGACAUCCGGCAACGGAAGCAGAACCGACGGAAAGCUCGUUUGGAGAAGGGAUUGGAACCAGAUGAGGCUGAUAUGUCCGACGGUGAAUCCUUCGACUUUGAUGAGCAAUACUCGCUAUUUGCUUUCUCAGCUAAGGUUCAAUGGCUAUACACGCAAGCCACUAAAUUACAAGAGCAGAAGGGUGUCUUGAAACGCCAGAUUAAACAGCAGCGUGAGCUCAACAGCAGAUCUGACUCUGAGAAGGAUCAAGCAUUACAAGAGAAGAUGGACGAGCUGGAUGAAGCCAAGGGUUCACUCCACUUAGCCGAGAAGGAAACAGAUAAGAUUCGAUCACAGCUCUCACAGGCCAUGAAUGAUCUCGAGAUGUUGCAAAAGAGUCGAGAUGAAGAAUCUUCCGUCAUGGAUGAGGCAAGAGAGCGUCUAAAGGAGAGGAACGCCAAGAUUGCGUCACUAGAGGCCAGCAACAGAGACAUGCAGGCACACUUGGUAGUGGCUGAAACCAAUGUCGAGGCCAUCACUGCACGACUAGAAGAAGCCAUUGCCGCCAAGGAGGCUGCCGACAAGGCUGUCCAGGACAAGGAAGAUGCGCUCAAGGCUCAGGAGGAAGAGCUUGGACAGAUGACGGGUAUGGUUGCUGAGCUUAAGAUGGAAGCUACUCUUGCUAAAGCCGAGCUGGACGGUGCCUACGGUUCUAGGAAAGAGAGGGCUGCCGAGGUUGCGGCUUUGCAUAACACUUCUGAGUCGGCUAAGAUCCAGAACAGAGUUGCUGUGCUGGAGAAGGAAUUGAAAGCAACCGCCGUAGACCUGACCAAUGUCGUCAAGCAGUCUGUCGAAAGCGAGAAGAAGAUUGCGGAGCUGGAAGAUGAGCUCGACCGGGUCAAGACUGAGCGAUCUAAGCUGAAGGAAGAGAAGGACAACAUGAGCGAGGAACUUGAAAAGCGACUCUACGAGGCUACUGGUGACCUCGAAGAAAGAUUAGAAAGCGAGAUCGCACGAUUACGGAAAGAGAAGGAGCAAUUGCAGGACGAGCUCGACAAAGAGCGGCUGGGAUCUGCUAGAGGACCACUGUCGCCCGCUGGCAACAAGGGAACCACGUACCUAACCGACUCCUACAGGCUAGGACUGAGGGCUGAGAGGAAGAAGUACGAGGAGCAACUCAGGGCGGAACAGAUGGUGCGAAGGAAGAUCGAGGACGAGCUGAGAACAUUGAAGAGAGCACAAGGACCAGGCAAAAGUCCACUGACUACUCGAUGA